AUGAUAGCAGUCUUCAUCCCAAUAAUCUCCAUAAUCCUAAUCAACACCCUAGGAAUCGCAACCCACGGCCCGCACGGCAAGCGUCUACGCACGGCUGGAAUGCGUGGCGGCGCCCUGCUUGGCCGUGGGUCUUUCUGGAAUGUCAACAACGGCUGCAUGGGGGUAAUCUACUCCGUCUUGACCGGUGCUACCCUGCAAAUCAUUAUAAAGUUAGUGAUCGGAGGGCUGAGGCCGCACUUCCUCACUGUUUGCGAUCCUCAAAUCGACGGCGUUCAAGGAAUGGGAUACGGGGGGUUAUAUUUCGACACGAGUGUCUGUAGAGACCACACAGACCCCAAAAGACGAGACGAGAUCGCCAACGCGAUGCAGAGCUUCCCAUCCGGCCACUCCAUCGCCGCCUGGGCCGGCCUCUUGUACCUAAGCCUGUACUUCAACGCGCACCUAAAGAUAUUCUCAAACUACCACCCCUCGUACUGGAAACUCCUCCUCUUCAUUACGCCCAUGCUCGCAGCCACACUAAUCGUUGGCUCACUGUCGCUGGACAUGAGCCACAAUUGGUACGACACAGUUGUCGGUUCGGUAAUGGGCGUUGUCAUGGCCAUUCUCUCAUACAGGAUGUGCUUUGCUGCGGUUUGGGACUUCCGUUUUAAUCACAUCCCGCUCGCCCGGGAUCCACGGAUCCCCGGAUUCGGUUACAGCAUCGAGGAGCUGGAGGAUUGGAGUGGGGGAUGUGCCACCAGAAGGGGUGGCUGGGGCGUUGCGAGACGGUACACGACUUUCAACCACAGGUGGGGUGCCCCGGGGGAUUGCGCAUUUCAGAGUGCCGGGGUGAGUAGCGGGUUGGGGGGUGUCGAUUCUAUGGACGGGCAGAGGCGCCAUUGACACGACCAUGAAUACCCGAGUGGAACGUAUGAGUACGGUACUCGAGUACCGUACUCGAACACAGCGAGAAGUGGGCUGAUGGGGUUGGCUGUGCUAAAUGGAGCCGGGGGGCCCCCGUUUAAUCCCAAAACUAAAAACAGAAUACAAUAUGUCAUUUCCUUUAAUUUCACCUUCCUUUUCCUGCCUUCUAACUCCAUUCCACCGGGCAGCAAAUGAUACCUUUCCAUUCACCACCUUCCUAUAUUUUCAUUUCCAUAUACCCCCUACAUCCCCCACCAAUCACCCACCUGUCCUGUACCUUAAUACCAAGUAAAAUAUCAUACCACAAAUUAACAAUC